AUGAAGGGAGUUCUGUUCAUUGCAGCAGUGAUAUGUCUUUAUGUGGCUUCUGCAGCCACCGCACAGGACUCCACACAAACAGAGACAAUUGUGUUGAUUCCAACAAAUCAAACCAUACUUUAUUCAAAACAAAACAUUACAGAAGCAAAGACUACGGCAAAAACCAAUGUGAACAAAUCAUUACCAGUGAAAGCGAUGGGAGGAGAAACUAAUAAUAAUAAUAAGAAUAAUAAUAACAAUAAUAAUGAUAAUAAAGGCAGCAUCGGCGUGAGAACAGUAUCUACACUUAUGGGUGAUACGACAACUACAUUUAUUAUUGUAUUCUCCGCCUCCUUUGGAUUUGCCUUCGCUAUGUAUUGGUGGUAUGUGGCCUCUGAUAUUAAGAUCACCCCUGGACGAGAUCAGGGAAUGCGUAAUGUCUAUUUAACAGAUGAGGUGAUGCGAAAUGUGUAUGUGAUCAGUCAACGUGUUUCUGAGGGGGCCACUGCCUUUCUCUUUGCCGAAUACCGAUAUAUGGGUUUAUUCAUGAUGACAUUUGGUUCCUUAAUCUUUUUUCUCCUUGGCGUUGCCUUAUCUUCCCCACAAGCAGGCGUGAAAUCCGCCGAGUCCCCGUGGGUGAAUGCCGCUCUCUCUUUAUUUGCCUUCUUUACAGGCGCCUUCACAUCUGUGUUGGCGGGAUGGAUUGGCAUGCGGAUUGCGGUCUACACGAAUUGCCGAACAGCUGUGAUGGCCACAGAAGGCAGUGAUGAGGGCGAUCAAUCACGUGGAUUUGCAAUGGCGUUUCAAACGGCUUUUCGUGGGGGAAUCACAAUGGGAUUUGCCCUCACCUCCGUUGGACUCUUUUCUCUCUUCGCUACGGUGAAAGUCAUUCAGGCCUACUUUGGUGAUUUGCCGGAGAAUUUACCGGAAUUAUAUGAAUGUGUGGCGGCCUUUGGAUUGGGUGGUUCGGCAGUCGCGUGUUUUGGUCGUGUGGGCGGUGGGAUUUACACAAAAGCCGCAGACGUUGGAGCCGAUCUCGUGGGAAAGUUGGAGAAAAACAUUCCAGAAGAUGAUGCCCGUAAUCCAGGUGUGAUUGCGGAUUGUAUUGGAGAUAAUGUGGGAGAUAUUGCGGGUAUGGGAUCGGAUCUCUUUGGUAGUUUUGGUGAGGCUUCCUGUGCGGCUCUUGUGAUUGCGGCGAGUUCUGCAGAGUUGAGUGAAAACUUUACAUCCAUGAUGUAUCCACUUCUUAUUACCGCAGUGGGUAUUCUUGUUUGUAUUGGGACUGCAUUGAUUGCAGCGACUAACAGUGGUGUGCAACGGGCAGAGGAUGUGGAGCCAACACUGAAGCGACAAUUACUUCUUUCUACGGUUUGUGCCACUAUUGUAAUGGUCUUCUUAACAGACUUUGCCUUACCCGCGGAGUUUAUGAUUGGCAAUACACAUACCACCAAAUGGCGUGCACUUAUUUGUGUUUUGUGUGGUUUAUGGUCUGGUCUUAUUAUUGGAUAUACAACGGAAUAUUACACCUCUAACAGUUACCGUCCUGUUCAAGAGAUUGCGGAAGCCUGUGAGACAGGGGCGGCAACAAAUAUUAUUUAUGGUCUUGCUCUUGGUUAUGUUUCUGUGGUUCCUCCUAUUAUGGCUAUGUCUGUAACGAUUUAUACUUCUUAUCGUAUGGCAGAUCUUUAUGGUUUUGCACUUGCCGCACUUGGUAUUCUUUCUACCAUGUCUAUUGCACUUACUAUUGAUGCCUAUGGUCCUAUUUCGGAUAAUGCUGGUGGAAUUGCAGAGAUGGCACAUAUGGGGCAUGAAAUUCGUGAAAUCACAGAUGCGCUGGAUGCGGCUGGGAAUACCACUGCUGCUAUUGGUAAAGGCUUUGCGAUUGGAUCUGCCGCCUUUGUUUCUCUUGCCUUAUAUGGAGCCUAUAUCUCUCGUGUUGGGAUUCCCGUUGUGAAUAUUCUGGAUGCUCGUGUAAUGCCUGGUCUUCUUUUCGGGGCAAUGCUUCCCUAUUGUUUCUCUGCACUCACCAUGAAGGCUGUGGGAGUAGCGGCAAUGGAUAUGGUGAAUGAGAUCCGCCGGCAAUUUCAAAACCCCGCCGUCUCGGAAGGCACAGAGGAACCGGAUUAUGAAAGUUGUGUGGCCAUCGCAACAGAGGCGGCCUUGCGGGAAAUGGUGGCACCAGCGUGUUUGGUGCUUUUUACUCCACUUGUGAUGGGUGUGUUGUUUGGGCGAUAUACACUUGCGGGACUUUUGCCUGGGGCAUUAGUGUCUGGUGUGCAGGUGGCGAUUGCAGCCGCAAACACCGGUGGGGCGUGGGAUAAUGCGAAGAAGUACAUUGAACAAGGUGGAUUGCGGGAUAAGAAUAAGGGAAAAGGAUCGCCACAACAUGCCGCCGCAGUGAUUGGAGAUACCGUGGGAGAUCCACUAAAGGAUACCUCCGGACCAGCGUUGAAUAUUCUUAUUAAAUUAAUGGCUAUCAUUUCUGUUGUGUUUGCACCAGUCUUUCAGUCAAAACUCGGUGGAGUACUUUUGGCAUUGAUUGAAUGA